AUGCGGCUGCUGCUUGAUCUAGGCGCCGACGUUGAUGCGAAGAAUAAAUCGGGCUGGACGCCGCUAUUACGGGCUAUCGAGCACGGGGACGAGGCUAUUGUGCGGCAGCUUCUCGAUCGGCGCGCCAACGUCAACGCGAAAGGUUUCGGUGACUGGACGCCGCUAUUGCAGGCUAUCGAGCAAGGGCAAGAGCCUAUUAUACGGCAGCUGCUUGAUCUGGGCGUCGACGUUGAUGCGAAGGAUAACCAGGGCCGGACGCCGUUAUCGUGGGCCGCCGGGAACAAGUGCGAGACUAUCGUGCGGCAGCUUCUCAAUCUGGGCGCCGAUGUUGAUGCGAAGGAUAACCGGGGCCGGACACCGUUAUCGUGGGCCGCCGAGAACGGGUGCGAGACUAUCGUGCGGCAGCUGCUCGACCAGGCUACCGACUCCGAGUCGAAAUUUUACUCAGGGAAGACACCAUUAUCAUGGGCAGCC